AAGUCAUUCCGAGAAAUAAUUUCCAGCCUGAGUGGUGAUAAUGCACUUUUAGAGGCGCAGGUGAAGGAGUUCGAAGGGUUGAGGACCACUAUUGUACAAGAAAAUCAGGUACUCAAAGAAAAUGUACAAAUUCUGCAGACACAAGUCUAUAACCUUGAGAAGAGUGCUGCAAUACCUUAUUCACCAACUGGGAGCAAAAUGAAUACUCUUGAAAAUGGGGAUCUGAAUUCUGAAUUAGUAGCUACCCGAGCAUUGGUGGACAAAUUAGUCAGUGAAAAUGCAGAGCUUGUGGAGAAGUUGAACAAGUUAAAUGUGGAGCUCGAUCAAAGAGGUCCAGCAAUGGAGGUAUCUUCACCUUUAGGCUCCGAUGUAGUUAGCAGGAGCUCUGGGGCAGCUCAUGUUGCCAAUGAAUCAGCCAUUGCGUUAGAUAUGAGGCCUGGAGCCGUUCAGGAGCAUGAAGUGGAUCAUGAUGCAGAGCCAAAAUCUAAACCCAAUGAAGCAGUGCUGCAGUCAGGUGAAAGGCUGCAAUCUGUGGAAGUCGCCAUCGACAAAGCUGAGAGGAGAAAUCACGAGCAUGUGGCUAAGAUAGAUGGCAGUGUUGUUGUAAAUUCAUCAGAAAUCGAGUCUGAUGAAAUAGUACAAAUCCCAUUAGACGAGAAUGAAGUUCAGUCAGUAGAUUUAGAGGCUGCAAAAGUGAAUCAGGAUGAUGAAGAGGUUCCGCUCACCAAUGCACCGUUAAUUGGUGCUCCAUUCCGUUUGAUAUCCUUUGUUGCCAGAUACGUGAGUGGUGCUGAUUUGGUUAAUAAGAACUCAGCAACCUCAAACCGAUAACCUGUAGCUGUAAGUUUUUACACAGUGAAAAGGAGAAGAUGACACCAAGAGUAUCCUGUAGCUGGAUACUGCCUCUUUUUUCUACCAAGUUUAUCCAUAGGGCUUAUAGUUAUAAAAGAUUGAAAUCUUGAGUUUGACCGUUUUAAAAACACAGCUGAAAGUUUGAUGGAAAUGUGGAUGCUAGAGAGGUGAGAGUUGCAGUUGGCUAAUUUAGCCAGAUGGAUUGUGUAUUCAUUUAUACUUCAUUUGGAUGUGUUGCACUAUCCCUUUAAGCUUCUA